CUUCGCAUCAGCUGUGUUUAAAAAUCGCAAAUUUUUGGUAGAAUCUGUGAAAUUUACAUUUUUUGGUCAGCUCCUCCAUAGUUGCCAGGAUGGAUGAAGUUUUGUAUGUGAAACCUGAACCCGAGGAUCCGGUGGAAAAUUCUCUUUCAGAAUUACAGGAUCAGCAGAGCGGAGUGCUUCUUACGGCUAAGAUGUGGCCUGAAAAUGAACAGUUGGAGGAUGUGAUGGGUGAGGAGUUGAUCGGAACGUGUGAUGUAGAAGAACCCAAAGUGGAACCGAUAUCAGAAGACGAACUUGAAAUGGGUUUGAAUCCGGAAAACUGUCUAAAUGAAAUGCCGCUAACAGAGUGUAAAGAGGAAACAGAACUCGACAAUCCGAAGGAGGAAUCUGCUGAAUCGAAAAAAAAUCCCGAAAGGAAACCAGAAGGGAAGAAAUUAAAACAAAUACUGAAAUACAAGAUCGAAAUAAAGGAGACCAAGCUUGAUCCAAACAAAUGCUACAUCUGUAAAACAGACUUUGCGAAUCUGAAUGAUGUGGAGGUCCACCUGUCUGAACACGUCCACAUGGUACCUUAUGACUGCGAGGAAUGUAAGGCCACCCGCACGGAGGCGAAGACCAUUUUUACGGUGAUUAUGCUCCAUCACCACUUCCGGAUGCACGCAGGUUCAAUCAAGUGUCCGGAAUGUGCCUUUCGGACAUGCACGAGAAGCGGAUUGUAUAAACACAUUAAAUGGAGCCACAUGGAAAACACAAAUACCGUGUACACAUGUGAGAUUUGCGGGGCUAAAGUUAAAAAUAUAAAGAUAUUCGAACAUCAUUCAAAAAUUCACAAAGCCAUAGAAGAAGGAUGGCACACGUGUUCUUUCUGUGCGAAAAAGUUUGCUACGAACGCACGACUGCAAAAUCACGAACGGAUCCAUACCAACGAGAGGCCUUUCCAGUGCCGUUACUGUAGCAAUGCGUUUACAAACAGACAAGUUUUUCGGAAACAUGAGCGUUCUCAUACCGGUGAACGGGGUUAUAUUUGUGAAGAGUGCGGGAAAGGCUUUUACACCAGAGCAUCCCUGACCACGCAUCUGCGGGCGAUACACAAGAUAGGAAGUGCAAAUCAGGUCUCUUCAGGUUCAGACAACAAGAAGUAUCUUCUUUCAUCAACUCCGAUUAAAUGUUCGUACGAGGGUUGUGACUUCGAAACAAAUGUUCGUGCAAGGCAUCACCGACACAAAGCUAAGCAUGAUUUGAAGUUUAACUGCCCACAUUGCGAACAGCGGUUUGCCACCAAGCAACGAUUGAAUCAGCACUCGAACGUCCAUACCAAGUUAAAAUCCUACUACUGCGAUGUAUGUGGGAAGAGCUUCCGGUAUCGGAAAAGCUUGGUGGAGCAUAUGACUGGUCACAACAACAGUCGACCGCAUUCUUGCACAGUUUGCGGCAAGUCAUUUGUUCGAGACCGUAAUUUGAAGCAGCACAUGUUAAAGCACUCGGAUGAAUUGACUUAAGCGUGUCGUCACUGUGAAAAUAAGUUCCAAUAUUAUGCUGAUUUUUGCAAGCACGAGAGGAACGUUGCGAAGUAGUGACCAAAGAGGAGAUUGUGGUCGAUUUUGAGUCUCAGGGUGAAAUGGACGUGAUCGUGAAG